UCAUGGCGUCCUACAUGGUUUCAGCCGCUGUUAAAUCCUCUGCAGUGUUUUUGUUGACAAAACGAGCUCAAUCUGUAAAUAAAGUCUGCCGUCUUCCACGGAGUGCCACCGCAGAAGGUUCCAGGUGGUGGGGGGUUUUCAGUCUCUCCGUGUCGUCCCGCUUCUCCUCGGACACUUCAGCUACAGAUCUUUGUGGCUCCGGUGACAUUGUGGGUCACUUUGAGCGGCUUGUGCAAAGUGACUCCCUAAAGAAGGACGUUCAGCAGAAAUAUGUUCUCCAGCAGCUGGCUGUACUGCAGCAAACCUUAAAGACUUAUACUAACAGUAUGUACCUGAACCCACCAUUAACACAACACUACAAAGAUCACAGCAGGCAACCUCAAAAUGAUGAUGCUACAACAAUCAAAACGAAACCUCCUCCUCAACAACCACCACCACCUAAGGGUCUCUAUAUAUAUGGAAAUGUUGGCUCAGGGAAGACCAUGCUCAUGGAUUUGUUUUACUCCCAUGUGGAAAACAGUUGCAAAAAGAGAGUCCAUUUUAACAGCUUCAUGUUGGAUAUCCAUAAGAGGAUCCACCGCAGGAAACAAAGCCUGCCGAAGCGAAGGCUAGGGGAAAUGUUCAACUAUGACCCCAUAUCCCCGGUUGCCAUGGAGAUCAGCAGUGAGAUCUGCCUGUUGUGUUUUGAUGAGUUUCAGGUAACUGAUGUUGCUGAUGCCAUGAUCCUGAAGCAGCUGUUUGAGGCACUGUUCAAAACCGGAGUGGUGGUGGUGGCCACCUCUAACAGACCCCCAGAUGAUCUGUACAAAAACGGACUUCAGAGGGACACCUUCCUACCUUUCAUCGACGUGCUAAAGAAAUACUGCCACACUGUCUGUCUGGACUCUGGGAUUGACUACAGGAGGCUGGACAGGCCUGUGGCUGGAAAACUUUACUACCUCACAGGAGAGCCUGGAGCAGAGGCUUACCUGGAUGCACUGUUUGAGGAGCUGGCAUUAAGACAAAAAAGUGUUACUGGUUCUCGUGUUCUCACUGUCCUGGGCAGAGAUGUGACUCUUCAGAAGACGUGUGGCUCCAUCGCUGAUUGUACUUUUGAAGAACUGUGUGGUAAACCAACGGGUGCCAGCGAUUACCUGGAAAUGGCGCGGAUCUUUGACACUGUAUUCAUCCGCCAUGUUCCCAAACUGACGCUGACUCUGAAGGACCAGGCCAGGCGCUUCAUCACGCUCAUAGACAAUUUCUACGACCACAAGGUAAGAGUGGUGCUUCUGGCAGCGGCUCCAUUAGAGCAGCUUUUCGUCCAUACUGGAGGAGAAGAUGAGAGAGAUCGACAGUUGCUGGAUGACCUGGGCCUCAGUGAUGAGGCAGCAGAGAGGCUCACUCUGUUCACAGCCGAGGAAGAGAUCUUUGCUUUUCAAAGGACCGUCUCUCGGCUGAGGGAGAUGCAAACUGAGGCUUAUUGGAUGGAGGGAGAUCGCAGUUCCAGCAGCAGACACAUGAGUAGCUAACAUCUGCAGCUGAAAGCUUGGAUAAGAAACUACCUCCCAACAGCAUGAUGUCUCACUAACCAGCUUCACUCCUAAUUGAGUGAAUCAAAAUGUCUCAGAGCAGUGUUGUCCAAAGCCAGUCUUCAGGGGCCGAUGUCCUGCAUGUUUCGGGUGUUUUCCCAAUUCAGCACACCUGAAGCAAAUGAAGGAGCUCUUGGCAGGUCGUGCAGAACUGGAUGUCAUGCUGAGGAGGCAAUUCAGUAAUGUAAAUCAGCUGUGUGUGUAGUGACACAUCUAAAAACAUCCAAGACACUGGUUCUGUUUCAGAGUAAGCGGCACUUUGCUCCAAACAGUAAAACAAAAACUGCAUCUCAAUUCAUCUGAUGUCUCCUCAUGUUUUAUAUGAGUUGAAUAUGUCCUGCAAGGACUGCUCUCUCCCCCUCGUGGACUGCUGGUUUAAAAGGUCGACAGCUUUCCAAGGAUUUUCCGCCACAUUGGGGAGAGGAUCAAACAUCCUUCCUUUGCGGGUGAUUAGUGCCCUCUAGUGGAGGAAAGUUUAUAACAUUUUUUUUACACCAAGUUUAAACCAGGUUGUUUUGUUUUUUUCAAAUUUGAGUGUUGUUCAAACAUGAAGAAGUGCAUAAUUGUGAAGUGAAAAGAAAUGAUGCGGAGUUUUCAUUAUUUGUUUUCACAACCAGAAAUCUGGAAAACAUUACAAGUAUUGCAAGGAUAGACCGGGCUUUUGCAUUAGCUGCACAUUAGAACCUACAGCGCUUUGGCCAAUGGCUUUUUUUUUCUUUAAAUCUAAUUUAUAAAUGAAAGUGACUUGGCUUUCUAGGGGCUAAAUACAAAUGCAUGCCAGACAUUUCAGAUUUCUAUUUGUUUGAAACAAUUUAGCCCCUGCAUCAUUGUCCUUCUAUCUCACAAUUAUGCUCUGUUUUUCCUUUGUCUACCAUAUGAACACCAGUAAAAUACACUGAGAGUUGUGGUUGUCUCAUAACCAAACUGUUAAAAGUUUUAAGAGGGUGUGAAAGGCACUUUAAUGUAAAGAAUCUGAAUUCAACUUUAUUGGAAUGAACACAACUAAAGUUAUCAUUUCUACACUUUACCGUAAUCUGUAGUAAUAGUUUUAGUUGAAUUAUACUAUAAAAAGCUAAACAGUAAUUUCAAACUGAAAAGCUUUGAACAAAGCGGUUUACACUUCAGGAAAUGUACAAUUUCAUGGAAAAACAAUGCAGGGCAGAAAUAUGAUACACAUUUGGAUGCAAAUACCUGUUUUGAUCAUUUAUUUGUACAAAACAAGGGCUAUUUAGGUAAUGUAUUGCAUUGAAACAUGUGAUAUUUCACUGCAAUAUAUCUUUCUUGAUGGCUGUGCACAGAACAAGACCCACAGCAAUACUUAUUCCAACUUCUAAGAUCAGUUUGGAUUUUUAGUAAACAUAACAUGCAGAAGAAAGUAAUAAUACUGGGAGAAAUCCCAGACAAGACAAUUCCACAGAAAGUUCAACAUAACUUUUUUAUUUGAAAUAGUUAUUAGUGAUGUAAGAGCCAAAUUGUAUUUCAUCUUCCUUUUAAAGUGUUGGUCUAUGUUUAACUGUUACUCUAUUUUCAUAUGAUUAAAUAACUUGGUUUUUCACGGCAUAAAUGCCUUGUGUUGGUGAAUACAUGAACAAAUUAAAAUGAGAAAAAAGACAUA